AUGACUUCUUCCUCUAAUUGUUUCUUUCUUGUCUCAAUGGUAGUCUCGUUACUAUUUUUCUUAGAAUUUACUUCGACCAUGGCCUCAACAAAAGACAUUUAUGCCAUAUGCAAUGAUCCUUCUGCCAUUAACAAAACGUUCUGCCUGCAAACGCUCACAGCCUAUCCUCCUGCCGUCUCUGCAAAAAACAUGGACGAACUUGUGAGAGUCACACUCGACCUUGGAACAACCCUGGCUAAAGAAAGGGCAGGUUUUGUUGCCGGAUUGAAAAAAGAGGCUACUUUUAAAAAAUAUUUUGAGACGUGCAAUGAUUCCUAUUCACAAGUAGUGAAUUAUUUUGAAAGUGCUCGAUCACAAAUCGAUGAAAAACCACAUGGUAAAGACGGUGCAAGCUUAAUAAUCCUUGAAUCUUCUGACUAUACACAGCUUGUGAAGGAUACAAUCGGCAAGAACACAGACAAGACCUCAAAGAGGCUCAUGGAGAUGACAUUAGUUAUGGAGGAUUUCAUACAUAUAGCUUUUGCAGCCAUCAACUAUUAUUAA